ACGUAUUCACAGAGGGUGAGCGCGAGCAACGGUUCAUUACCAUCACAGUCCAUUAAGUUUGUGUCCAGACACUGACCAGUCCCGACGACAGCCAUGGCCUCUGGUGUAAAAGUCUCAGAUGAAGUGAUUUCAAUCUUCAAUGAUAUGAAGGUGCGUAAGCUUCAAGCCAACGAAGAGGAGAAGAAGAAGAGGAAGAAGGCCGUUCUGUUUCGCAUGAGCAACGACUCCAAGAACAUCAUUGUGGAUGAAGCAGAGGAAAUCCUGCAGGGACAGGUGGGAUCAACUAUCCCGGAUCCAUACAUGCACUUUGUGAAGAUGCUUCCCACAGACGACUGCCGCUAUGCCCUGUAUGAUGCUACCUAUGAGACCAAAGAAACAAAGAAGGAGGAUCUGGUCUUCAUCUUCUGGGCCCCAGACAGUGCGUCUUUGAGGAGCAAGAUGCUCUAUGCCAGCUCAAAAGAUGCUAUCAAGAGGAAAUUUGAAGGUAUUAAGCAUGAGUGGCAGGUGAACGUUUUGGAAGACCUCAAAGACCGGCGCACUUUGGCAGAGAAGCUUGGUGGCUCGUCAGUAGUCACCAUGGAAGGAUUCUCUAUAUAAAUAUUACCACUCCUUCCCUCUUUGGCUUCAGUCGAGGCCUUUCCAGACACAUCUGUCGGGUUUAGCUGUUCAUUCCAGUUUGGUUUGGAAAAGGGCAAAAGCAAAAAUCUUCACCAAAUUUGCAGGACUCUUGGGGAGGGCUAUUGUGGGUGGGUUUUGCGGUCAAGUGACAGUUAAAACAAAACAAACAAAAGUCUGUCAUUCCAGUUGAAGAAUCAUAGGAUAAGAACAAAACACACACACACACACACACAGGAAAUACAAUAAGAUGCAACUGCUGAAGGAUGCUGAUGAUAAAUACACAUUAUUGAUGUUUAAAGACAGGAUUUUGUUCUUUCCAGGUUCCAUUUGAGAAAUUGCAGAGAAAGGGACAUUUAACACCCUUUUUUAAUUUUCCAACAAUUGAAAUCUUAACUGAUAUUCCUUAUUCAAUUAUAUUUGUUUGCCAAACCUCUAGUCAUGUGACUAGGUGACGUAUGGACUAAUUCACUCUUGAUUGCACAAGAUGUAUCAAAACCUCUGGGGGAACAUGGUUAAAUAUAUAUUAUAUUUGUGUGUGUGUGUGGUUUUCUUUUCAUCCGUUUUGUUUUUUCUUUUCUUUUGUUUUGAACAUGAAAAUUCCAAAACUUGAAUUAUUCCUUCUCAUUUCCAGUUCGGUUUCAGAAACCAUGGCAUUUGAUGUAACAAACAUACAACAUUCCUUGUUCGUUGUAAAACUAGGACAUCCUUGAUUUAAAAACAACAAAAAACAUUGGUGUUAUGAAGGUGUGAUGAGGAGCGAUGUGUAUAUGAAGGACCAGCAGUCAGAGUUUAAACUGAAUAUUGAAUGGUGGAUGUUUUGUAUCGUCUCCUUAUCUCUAAUAAAAAGCACUAAAUUA